AUGUUGUUCUUACUGAUUUUUUUCCUCUUCAAUUUUAUUUCUGCCGAAAUUGUACAUUUCGACGCAGAAGAAUGUGUGAAAAACUACAUCAAAGUGAUGCGAAAUAAUUCCGAAUCUCAACGAUAUUUUACGGGAGAUUUUGCGAUUUAUGAUUGGGAAGGUAAUAAGUUGGCUGAUUCGGGUUUUAGAAGGGAAGAGUUGGCGAAGAUUUGGAAUGGAGAUGGAGAAAUUCCAAUUCGACAAUAUGAGAUUAUCACAUCUCACGGCAAUUCAAUUGAUUCAAAAUCAUUGUUCAAAUUUAACGUUGAAAUUCGAUAUCUAGUUCAUACCCUGGAUGUUCUGAAAAUCGAAAUCGAAGCUGUUCAACAUAACAAUACCUGCCUGAUUCAUGCAGAGCGACAGAAAAAUAAAUACGAACCCAAGAGACCCUAUUAUUCCUCAUUUUUGAUUAAUUAUGAUCAAUUAUUUGCUAGAAAAACUGAUGGUAUACUUCAGGAAUAUAUGAGGAAUCUUGAAAAUGCUGAAAUUGAUUCUUUUAGAAAUCUGAAAAGGGUUGCUGAAUUAAUUGGAAAAGUUCCAACUAUUGAGAAAGAAAGAUUUUUUGUUGAGAGAUCUAAUGAGAGAAAUCUGGAGUUUUUGGUUGCACUUGAUGGAAAAAAGAAAAUUGAAUUUGAUGUGAUUAUAAAUGAAAAUGGAAAUUUGGAGAUCAAAACUGAAAAAUAUUCACAUUCACAAAGUUCAAAUCUCAAAUGGUUUAGCUCAAUAUUUAUCGAUUAUAAAAAAACAUUUGUGAGAAUUGUUGAAGAAUUGAUUGAAAAGUUUCGAAAUGCUCUCAGAACCAAGCAACUCGAAGAUCAAAUAUUUUCAUUGAAAAAUAUUAGUGCUUUAGAAUUGGGAUAUUACACGCCGUUUUAUUCUAUACGGUAUUAUGAGAUUUUGAAUGAAGAGAGACGACAAUUUGAAUAUUUCAAUUUGGAUGAAAAUUUGAUUGAAUUUAGUUUUGAAUUUGAAGAUGAGAAGUUCAAUUUGUAUAUUAAAGAGGGUUUUGAGCAGGUUUAUGAGAAUAUAAUUGAGAAAUUGAUGAGUGAUUAUAAAAAUAUGAUGUUGGAGUUCGAAGAUCCGAAGGUUUCCGAAGAUAACGUGAAUAACACCUUCAAUAAUGAAUUCAUGUUAUGCGAAUGUUCAAAAGGGUGCAUGAAUUUGACACAAUUCAAGAUCCAACUCACAAAACCUGGAAAUAUAGUUGAUUUUGAUAAUGGAGAUAUUAUUGAGCUGGUUUCGGUGAAUCAUACAAAUGGGGAUAUCGAAUUUUUGAAGAAUCGCAAAUCGAGAUUUAUUGCGAAAUAUGAUUUUGAUUUGAAGAAAUAUAGAUUGUCUGCGGAUUUUCAGUGCGGAAAGGAUGAUUUUUUUGAUUUUACAAAAUCGGAAGAAUGGUAUAAUCCGGAUGAAGAAGAUGUUGAGUGGAAAGAAGAUUCAGAUUCUGAAGCUAGUAGAAAACCACUGGUUAUUUUUGGAUCUGGAUGUAUGUGUGAUCUAGAAUGAUCUAUAAUAAUUUGGGUUUCCAGGGAUGUUUGAUCAGAAGCCGUCGAUUAUUCCUUACAAGAAUUUUAAUGUUACAUCGGAUGUUAUGAGACUCAAAGAAGCUUUGGAUACAAAUCAGAAAUCUCAGGUAGACCCGUUUCUUUGACCUUUUACAGUUCCUUGUGCGGCUUCCCAAGGCUUCCGAAAGCUUUCCGGAGCUUCCGCAGGCCACCUGAAAAUCUCUGACUUGGAAAAUUACGAAAAUUUCUAGCUAAUCAAUAUAAUUUGCCACCGCUCACAAUCUCAACGCGAAAUAAUAGCUUCUGAAUACAAUUCAACGUAUUUCGAAAAUCUAAUCGCAAUUCUCGAGAAAAAAUUGAGUGGAAACUUCAAAAAACUGAUAAUCGGUUUAUUCGAUCCUCCUGCAAUUUUUGACGCUCACGCGAUUUAUGCAACAACAUUACAUAAAGCGAUCAGAGGGCAUCGAGGAUCGACGAUAAUCACUGAAAUUCUAAUGACACGUACAAAUCAGGAGAUUCGAGAUAUUGAUGAGGGAUUUUUAAAUGCGAAUCGAAAAAAUAGGAAAAAUGAAACACUUUAUGAGUUUUUAUGCCAUUUUGACUCACAAAAUUUAUCUGUUAUCAAGUUAUUGGAAGUUGAGAGAGAUGAGAGUUUGGUGAUGAAUAGAACAAAAGCUGCCGAAGAUGCGAUGAGGCUUAUUGAUGCUUUUAACACUUCAGACGCCGAGAGGGUUUUUACGCAGAUUUUUGUUGCGACUAAUUUGGUGCAAUUGAAAUUGAUAUUCAAAAAGUUUCAUGAAUAUUCAGGGAAGACGAUUGAAGAAGUUGUGAAAUCGGUUUUUGUGCGAGCAGGGUAAGUUGUACGCCAUAAGCAAUUACAGAUCAGCAUAUUAUUAGUCUAUUAUUGACUUAUUUUGAAUUUCGGCUUAAUAUAAGCUAAUAUAAUAAUUAUUAGUCAAAAAUCGAUGCAAUUUUCUAAAUCUAGCCAAAAAUCAGCAAAAGCUGCUUUAUGAUCAAUUUGAAAGUGAGAAAUAGGGAAUUACAUUCAUCUAACAAUUCUAGAGUUCAAUCAGAGGUCCAGAGAUCCCUAAACUUCAGACUCAUUUUUGACUAAUAACAAGCUUAUUAGUAAUUAUUAGUAACUUAUUAGUCAAAAAUAAGUCUGAAUUUUAGGGAUCUCUGGAAGUCUAGAAUUGUUAGAUGGAUGUAAUUUCCUAUUUCUCACUUUCAAAUUGAUCAUAAAGCAGCUUUUGCUAAUUUUUGGCUAGAUUUAGAAAAUUGAAUCGGUUUUGACUAAUAAUAAGUACCGUAUUAGCCUAUAUAACGCCUAUUUUUGAAAUGAGUCAAUAAUAGACUAAUAAUAAGCUGAUCUGUAAUUGCCUGUGAUAAGCUAAUAUAAUAAUUAUUAGUCAAAAAUCGAUGCAAUUUUCUAAAUCUAGCCAAAAAUCAGCAAAAGCUGCUUCAUGAUCAAUUUGAAAGUGAGAAAUAGGAAAUUACAUUCAUCUAACAAUUCUAGAGUUCAAUCAGAGGUCCAGAGAUCAGGCCUGGUCGGAAUGGACCUUGUCGAAAGGUUCGGAAUGAGCACACUCAUUCCGAGUGGUCAGAUCGUAAUUCCGAAUUCCGAACCUCCAUUCCGACAUUUUUACCUCGGAAUUUCGGAAUUUUUCGGAAUGUUUCGGAAUGAUAUAAAACUUAUAAAAUUUGUCUUCAAAAGUUAAAUUUUUUGAGAAUCACAAGAGAAAAAGAGAUUUUUUGAAAAUGACAGGUAAAAUUCAUCAACUUUUCCAUUUUUUUGUUGAAUUUUUCACUAAUUUCAGCUCAAACAUUCCGAAAAAUUCCGAAAUUCGGUAGAAAAAUUCCGAAAUUCGGAAGAGAAACACAUUCCGAAAUUCCAAAAAGUUUCGGAAGUAACAUCGGAAUGAUUCCGAUUCCGAGAAAAUAGAUUCCGAUUCCGAGACACGUUUGUCUCAUUCCGAAAAACCUGUCGGUUUCGAAAUUUCGGAAUUCCGAUAUUCCGAUUCCGAUCAGGCCUGCCAGAGAUCCCUAAAAUUCAGAUUCAUUUUUGACUAACAAGUACUAAUAAUUACUAAUAAGCUUGUUAUUAGUCAAAAAUGAAUCUGAAGUUUAGGGAUCUCUGGAAGUCUAGAAUUGUUAGAUGAAUGUAAUUUCCUAUUUUUCACUUCCAAAUUGAUCAUAAAGCAGCUUUUGCUAAUUUUUGGCUAGAUUUAGAAAAUUGCAUCGAUUUUUGACUAAUAAUGGGUACCGUAUUAGCCUAUAUUCGACCUAUUUUCGAAAUGAGUCAAUAAUAUACUAAUAAUAAGCUGAUCUGUAAUUGCGCGUGCAAAAACUGUGCAUACAUUCUAGAUUCUAGAAACUUUGAUCAAUUUGCUAAUACUGUAAUUGAUAUCACACAAAAUCAAUUGAAAUAUUAUUCUGAUAAACUUGAAUUUUAUAUGGAUGAUUUGGGAACAAUGAAUGACGAAUUGAUUCGAACAAUUGUUGGAACAUCGGAAAGGAAUUUGCAAUCGAUUCGAGAAGAAUUUGAUAGACGACAUCGAGAUGAGAGUUUGAUUGAAUGGAUUUCGAAUGAUACUUCGGGAACUUUUAGAGAUGCACUUUUGGCACUUGUUAAGGGAAAUUGGGAGCAAUAA